UGACACCGUGGUCGCAGCGCAAUAUACAGGGCGUGAGCUUCUCUAACUCCAGAAAACAAAGACGCUAACGUGCGCCUCUCACUCUCGUCAAAUUCCAUUAACGCCACCGUUUUCACUGCUUUCGAGCUUCGUCCCUCAGGAUUUGACAAGGCGUUGGACCAUUUGGUUUUCGCUCUGAAUUUGUUGGAUAUGGCUUUAGUUGCUUGAAGGAGGGAUUCUUUACUUGAAAUUAUGAGCUUUGGUUUUGUGGUAAUUGAGAGAUGGAAAGUGAUGAUGGUUCAAAUUCCCAGGCAGGUCCGGAAUUGCAAUUUGAUAUGGGGAAUAAAGUUGAGCUAGGGUUAGAAAAGGAUUCAUUGCAGCACUCAUUGAAACCUAGGAACAAGAAAAUGGAGAGUGGUGGGGGGUCUAAGAAAAGAGUAAAGGUUACGCCGGUGGAGGUUGGUUUUGAUUCGGAUGAUGAUGAGCCCAUUGGAUCUUUGUUGAAGUUAAGGAAACCUAAGAAUCCUAAAAAGAUUAAGGCUGCAUUGGAGGGCAGUGUUGAGAAGUGCCACAAGGUUGAAGUUAAGGCACACAAAAUUUUGGGUGAGGAUGAGGAGGAUUUGGGGGAAAUGAAUGAUACCUUGGCGAGCUUUAGGAAGAAGUUGAAGUGUCCCAAGAAAGAUAUUGAACCUGGAACAAUGAGGGGAAGGGGUUAUGCUUUGAAUGAGUCUGUGGAGGAUGAUGGGGUUUUGGAUGGAAAAUCUGUGUCGAAGACUGUGGAGAAAGGUCAGGAUAUUGGUGAAGACAGAUCUAAUGUGAUUACUGAUAAAGGAGUUGAAAGAAAGAGUACAGGGAAAGUAAGGAGAGGCAAGUUUGAUUCGAAAGCAAAGGCCAUUGGGGAUGAUGAUGAUUCAGAAGGGUUGGAAUCACAGGUUGAGGAAGAUCAGAAUGAGGGAGGCUUGUGGCCUGGGGAAGUUUCAGAUCAGCCUUUGGAUGAGAAGUUGGAAGAGUCCUUGUCAACCUUUUUUCAGAGGGCGCAAUCUGGUUUACAAAGGAAGUCUCGUCCAAAUUUGAGUUUGAAACAGAAUUGCAAGGCUACCCAUCAUGCUUUUGUUUCAAAAAAUCCCAGCAGAAAUUGUGAUGGCAGUUCUCUUUCAGUUUCUGGUAUAAGCUUGUUGCAUUCAACAUCCAAAGAAUGCAACACAGCAGUGAAUCAAAGAUUUGAUGAUGGUGUGUGUCAACAAGAGACCAUUUUGGAGCCAUGUGACUUCAAUGUCCAAAAAGGACCCAUUGAAGAUCCAUGUAGGUCACCUAAAGUUUGUGAAAAGGAUGGAAAUCGGCAUUCCAAUAUUCAGCGCAGGGACAAUUGUUCGGCAGUUGACCAGAGAGGUAAACCAGAAAGUGAAGGUUUAAAGGAUGGGUUAGAGCUUCAAUCUACUGCCAAAACAGGCAGUUUAGUGCCCUGUGUAGUAGAAAUGGCUAACUCUCUUUCUUCCUCAAACCUGAUGGAAGAAAUCCAUGGAUCUGGUGCUGGAGGUUUGGUUCCACAGUCUAUGGGCAUUUCAAACGAAUAUAUUUUGAGUGCAGAUCCAGAGAUUUAUUCAGUUGGGAAAGAAAACUCUAAUGACGAGUUGUUAAACAAGUCUUAUGAAAAUGCUUGUGAAGAGACUGCAAAAUUGGAAAGUGGCUUUGUUUUCAACCAAUAUCAGGAAGGUUCACAACAAAUUCAACUUAACCUGUCUCUAUCUGCUGUUGAUUCACUGAAGAUGGAAGAGACUUGCAGUGAUGGUCCAAAUACUUGUGCUGAGGAAAAGUCUUUAGAAACCCAUGUUCAUCCCAAUGAACUUGUUGCCUCCAUUCGGAGGUGCAACUCUGCUUUGCAUCAACCAUCUGAAGAUGCAUCCCAUGGGGCCUGUGUUCCCAGCCAUGAUUGUUUUUCCAUCAAUGAAGUGGCUGAUGGAGAUUCUCCUACAUCCUUAACACCUGAUGAAAAUGAAAGUUGCCAUGAAGAUGCGGUCUCUCUGCCUAGUUCUGAAAUCAAAGACAGUAAGUUAUCAUCUAUCCAGCGUGCUGGGCGCAAUAUUAAAAAGCGCAGGCAUGGAGAUAUGGCUUAUGAAGGGGACGCCGAUUGGGAGAAUUUGAUAAAUGAGCAAGGUUUUUUUGGAAGUCAGCAGUUUGUAGACAGUGAUCGUUCCUUUAGAGCAAGAGAGAAGUUUGAUGAAGCUGCAGUGUCGGCUGGACUGAAAGCUCGUGCGGUAGGUCCAGUUGAGAAGAUCAAAUUUAAGGAGGUCUUGAAGCGUAGAGGUGGGCUACAGGAAUAUUUGGAAUGCAGGAAUCAUAUCUUAGGUCUUUGGAGUAAAGAUGUUACUCGUAUUUUGCCUCUUGUUGACUGUGGUGUGACUGAUACUCCUUCAGAGGGUGAACCAGCCCGGGCUUCCCUAAUUAGGGAGAUAUAUGCAUUUCUUGAUCAGAGUGGUUAUAUAAACUUCGGAAUUGCUUCCAAGAAAGAGAAGGCAGAACUUAACGCGAAGCAUAACUAUCAACUUCUAGAGGAAGAAAAUUUUGAAGGUAGUUCUGGGGCCUCCAUUGCUGAUUCAGAGGAUGGAGUUGCCUUUAUCCUUGGUCAGGUCAAGACUCCUGAAGCUCCUGUGGAGGCAAAGAAUGGUGUUAGAGUUGAUGAUCAAAACCUGGCAUCUGAAGCCAAAUUAUGUGAAGUAUUGGUUGAUUCGAUCACACCAGAAUUACCUAAUGUAAAAGUACAAGAAGAAUGCCUAAGUGAUAAUUGCCAGCAAAAUGACAGCAUUGAUGCAAAACUAAACCCUGGAUUGAUUAAUUUGCAGGUUCCAAGUGCUGAUCUAUCUUGCAAUGCAGUUGACAUGGGAAUUGCCCCUGUAGUAACUCUGGAAGAAAGGAAUGACUCACAAUAUGUUCAAUCUGCUGCUGAUGAUAAUCCUCACUGGAAUGAUCACUUGAAGGGUGAUUCAGAGGUCAGAAAGAAAAUCAUAGUUGUCGGAGCUGGUCCUGCUGGAUUGACUGCUGCACGCCACUUGCAACGCCAGGGAUUUUCUGUUGUUGUACUUGAGGCUAGGAAUAGGAUAGGAGGUCGUGUUCAUACAGAUUGCUCCUCUCUUUCUGUACCUGUGGAUCUUGGGGCUAGCAUUAUUACAGGAGUUGAGGCUGACGUUUCCACUAAUAGAAGACCAGAUCCUUCAUCAUUGGUUUGUGCACAGUUGGGGCUAGAGUUGACUGUGUUGAAUAGUUCCUGUCCUCUGUAUGACAUUGUAACUGGUCAAAAGGUUCCUGCAGAUCUGGACGAUGCUCUGGAAGCUGAAUACAACACUCUUCUUGAUGACAUGGUGUUUCUUGUUGCUCAAAAAGGUGAAAAAGCAAUGAGAAUGUCUCUUGAGGAUGGUUUAGAAUAUGCCCUUAAAAGGCAUCGCAUGGCAGAAAUAGGAGCAGAUAUUGAAGAAACAGAAUCGCAUUCUUCUGUGGAAGCUUUCUAUGAUGCCAAAGCAAGCAAUGUCAUUGGAAAUUUUCCUGAAGAACAGUGUUCUAAAGAGGAGAUUUUGAGUUCUCUUGAGAGAAGGGUUAUGAAUUGGCACUAUGCCCAUUUGGAGUAUGGUUGUGCUGCUUCGCUUAAGGAAGUGUCUCUUCCCCACUGGAAUCAAGAUGAUGUUUAUGGCGGAUUUGGAGGACCUCAUUGUAUGAUUAAAGGGGGUUACAGCACAGUGGUUGAGUCUCUUGCAGAGGGACUUCUCGUCCACUUGAACCAUGUGGUCACAAACAUUUCAUACAGCCCAAAGGAUUCUGGAAUUGAUGAUAGUCAACAUAGGCAGGUCAAAGUUUCCACUUUAAAUGGCGGUGAGUUUUCAGGAGAUGCUGUGCUUAUUACUGUGCCACUUGGUUGCUUGAAAGCGGGAGCCAUAGAGUUUUCUCCUCCAUUGCCCCAAUGGAAACAUUCUUCCAUACAGCGGCUUGGUUUUGGAGUUCUUAAUAAAGUAGUCUUGGAAUUCCCAGAAGUGUUUUGGGAUGAUACCGUGGAUUACUUUGGAGUGACUGCUGAGGAAACCGAUAGUAGGGGCCAUUGCUUUAUGUUUUGGAAUGUCAGAAAAACUGUUGGGGCUCCUGUUCUUAUAGCCUUAGUGGCUGGUAAGGCAGCUAUUGAUGGUCAAAGUAUGAGCUCAUCAGAUCAUGUAAACCAUGCAGUAAUUGUUCUCCGUAAACUUUUUGGAGAGGCUUCAGUUCCUGAUCCAGUUGCCUCAGUAGUGACUGAUUGGGGCAGGGAUCCUUUCAGCUAUGGUGCUUACUCCUAUGUUGCCAUUGGAGCAUCUGGAGAAGACUAUGAUAUGUUGGGAAGGCCGGUUGAGAACUGCCUAUUUUUUGCUGGAGAAGCCACCUGCAAGGAGCAUCCCGAUACGGUUGGUGGUGCGAUGUUGAGUGGACUUCGAGAGGCUGUGCGACUAAUUGACAUAUUCACUACUGGAAAUGAUUAUACAGCGGAAGUAGAGGCAAUGGAAGCUGCACAGAGACAGUCAGAAUCAGAAAAGGAUGAAGUCAGGGAUGUAAUUAAGAGACUUGAAGCAGUUGAACUUUCUAAUGUCUUGUACAAGAACUCUUUGGAUCGAGCUCGACUUUUGACCAGGGAAGCUUUACUGCAGGACAUGUUCUUUAAUGUGAAAACCACUGCAGGUCGAUUGCAUCUGGCCAAAAAGUUGUUGGGUCUCCCAGUUGAAUCCUUGAAAUCCUUUGCUGGGACAAAGGAAGGGCUUACCACACUCAAUUCAUGGAUGCUGGAUUCGAUGGGGAAAGACGGGACUCAACUCUUGCGCCAUUGUGUUCGUCUUCUUGUGCUUGUUUCAACUGAUCUAGUUGCUGUUCGUUCAUCAGGCAUAGGGAAAACUGUGAAGGAAAAAGUUUGUGUACAUACAAGUCGUGACAUACGUGCUAUCGCAAGCCAGCUGGUUAAUGUGUGGCUGGAAGUCUUCCGUAAGGCAAAAGCUUCUUCAAAGAGAAAAUUCCUUAAAGAUGCAGCUUCAGGAAAGCCACCUCUACGCUCACAUCAUGGUGCUUUUGAGAAUAAAAGGAGCUUGCAGGAUCCCUCGUCUGCUGGAAGCCAAUAUCCAGUCAAUGUGAAGGAGAAUGGCAAAUCAAUGGGGGUGGAGGCUGUCAACCUAGCAAUGUCUGAGGAAGAGCAGGCUGCCUUUGCUGCUGAAGCAGCUGCUCGAGCUGCAGCAAAAGCAGCUGCUGAGGCACUUGCAUCCACAGAAGCCAACUGCAACAAAUUGCUGCAGCUUCCCAAGAUUCCUUCUUUUCACAAAUUUGCGAGAAGGGAGCAAUAUGCUCAAAUGGAUGAAAGGAAGUGGCCUGGUGGUGUAUUGGGAAGACAAGAUUGUAUAUCGGAAAUAGACUCUAGGAACUGCAGAGUUAGGGACUGGUCUGUUGAUUUCUCUGCUGCAUGUGUUAACCUUGACAGUUCCAGAAUGUCAGUAGAUAACCUGUCUCAGAGGAGUCAUUCUAAUGAGAUUGCUAGCCACUUGAAACUUAGAGAGCACUCAGGAGAAAGUUUGGCUGUGGACAGCAGUAUCUUCACAAAAGCAUGGGUUGAUACUGCUGGUAGUGGGGGGAUUAAGGAUUAUCAUGCCAUUGAAAGAUGGCAGUCUCAAGCAGCUGCUGCUGAUCUAGACUUCUUCCAUCCAACAAUGCAUGUGAAGGAUGAGGAAGAUUCAUAUGCUAGUUCUAGGCAACCCACCUGGAAGCAUGAUGGACGAGCGAAUGAGAGCUCCAUAUCCCAAAUUACAGUAAACAAGGAGCGAUUUAAAAAUCAUCCUCGUGGAGCUGAUCGUAUUAAACAGGCUGUUGUUGAUUAUGUUGCAUCAUUGCUAAUGCCCCUUUAUAAGGCCAGAAAAAUUGAUAAGGAGGGAUACAAAUCGAUAAUGAAGAAAACUGCAACAAAAGUUAUGGAGAUAGCAUCGGAUGCAGAGAAAAACAUGGCUAUUUCUGAAUUUCUUGAUUUCAAGCGCAAAAAUAAGAUUCGUUCCUUUGUGGACAAAUUGAUUGAGAGGCACAUGGCAAUGAAGCCAGUCAUGAAACCAUGAUGGUGUUAAGGAUUGGCUGGUUUUGCUUUAUUGGCUGCUUCUCUGCAAGACCUAUGAGGGCCUCUCUCUGCGU